GUUUCCAGGGAUCAUUAAAAACUCUAACCUAGAAAAUCGAACAUGAUUUCUACGAAGCAUCGACAUUUAAUAUAUCUAUUCAUAAACACAGACGCUUAACGGUCUCUCGUACACGCAGUCUAUAGGUAAACCACAUAUUCAGAUAUGCUGCAAAAAGCGUGUAGUGACAACAGGGUAGUUUCCUCGAAACAUAACCUACACGUCGUUCUCCCCAUCGAUAAGAGUUUUGUCGUGGGUUUGCGUGGUCAAUAAAUUUCCACCUCGUACCCGUUCACUCAUACAUAUAAUAAAAACCAUACAAAACACACGACAGAUAGAAGCUGACGCACACCCUCGAACUUUAGAAAUAAACAUAGAAACCAAGGGACACGCAGCCGCUCUUCGUGGCGAAACUCACAACGGAAUCCCCUCCGUGUUCCCAACCAAUCGACACCGUCGACGGUGUCAGCGGGGCUCGAAAACUCAUUACCCUCUAGGCCCACUUUGCCGUGCGCUCUUCGUUCGAUGAGAGUAAAUUGUCGCCUCUGGAGAUGGGCUGUGGAACCAGUAGCGAAGUAAUGCCCAGCGCGGCGCCUUUGGAGAACGGAAAAGUUGAGAAGAGCGUGAAGAACGGAGAAUCGACGCCAAGGAGACGAGGUUCUCCCUUGGCCUUUGAGGUGCCUAUUCGUGAUGGUGAAAGUCUUGUCAGAAAACAUCCCCCAAUGAGAUUUCAACGGUUGGAGGAGCAACAGUUGCCACAGCCAGAAAUCACGUUGCAGUUGUUGCAGAAACGGCAGGCUGAGGCUGAGGAAAGGAGACGUCGGAUACUCGACCUGAGGGUUCAAUCGGCACAGCAUUUUCAACAGAAAAUACGAACUGUGGCUUGAAUGGUGAAAGGACGUGUAGGGUAAAUCUCGAGGGAUACCUUGACCCUUUGAUUUAAAUAUUUUUCUAUGGUGUCU